UGGAUGCAUGCGUCCACCGGUGAUUCGGACGGGCCUGACAGCAGCGAUAUCAACAUCACCAGCGAUGACGAGAGAGAGCGCGCAGCAUCAGCUCACUUAGAUGUAGAGAGGAGUCAAGCAGCCAAAUGCCACUCCAGUUUUUCUGCUAAUGAAUGUGCCUGUUAUAUUUGUGGAAGCAGGCUUUCAGCAGGAGGCCGCUUCAGGGUGUUUGUACAAAAGCAGGAGAGAGCCAGUGAACCAUUCUUCCCUUUUCUGUGGCUCCAUAGCCCUCCACCUGGUGCGGUGCCUCUUAGCCUGGGUGGAUACACUCUGGUAUGCACAACUUGCCACUCCUCCCUCAUGCAGCAGUGGCAAGGGUUCGAGAUUGCAGAUGUUCCUGUUCUCCAGCGACUCUAUGUGGUGCCUCUCAGCACGGGUGCUGCAACCCCUCUUUCUCCACCUGCCAUGAAUGAAUGUGGGGAUGGACUACCAAAAAUCCAUUCACUCCCCUCCAUGCCACAGAAUCGCAGGGAGGCCUGCUACCUAUGUGGACAGGACUGCUGUCGAGAGGUCAGGAUGGCAUACACCCAUGCUGGCGCAAGUAAAGCCCACAGUGCAAUGUAUUUUCCAUUCAUAAAUCUGCUACCAUGCCCUCCAAAUGCACAGAGUAUGCGGAAUGGAAGGGUAUACUGCUGUGUCGCAUGUCACAGCAUCUUGGAAGGGAUCUGGGCAGAGUACUGCCUCUGUCUAAGCGAGGAGCUCAUUACUUCCAUCACCACGUUCCUUGAGAGAUACCACCUGGCCAUGGGAAGGGGAGGAGUCUUGGUAUCCCAGCCCAGAGGACCCCUGUCGACCCCUUCUCAGACUGCCACAACAACCGCAAGCCACACCUCCAUCUGUUACUUGUGUGGGGAGGAGCUGUCUGGAGGAACCGAGUAUCAGCUUCAUGUUAACCCUCCAGGGCGUUGUGGGGAGCGAGAACCCUUUUUUCCCUUUCUAACUGUCCACCCUCCCGCUCCCCGUGCCUGCCCUGCUGAUGCCACUGGCCUUGUGUCUGCUUGUGCACUGUGCUACCAUGACCUGCUGGGCCAGUGGACCCAACAUGAGAGUCAGGGCUCAGAAUCAGGCCCGUCCAGCAGCCCCUGGGCACGUCAGUAUA